AAAACACGCACCUUCCCACCAGGGAUCAUCUCCUGGAUAGAACGACCUCCCAUCUACAUUGAACUCGUCACUGAACACUAGCUGGUACUGCUGCCCAUCCGGGCUGGAGAACGUCCGUGCUGACGAUGGAGAAUCUUCGUCAAUCAGCUUGGGGAAAUUGGGCAUGCUCGGAAUUUUGUCGGUCCCAUUGCCCAAGCCUGAAUCCAGCCCAGGUAUCCGUGGUGGACGAGUGUAGAACAGGAUCAGAGGAUAUCCGAGGAACAACGCGACAAGACCGCCUAGAAGAAGACCCAAUGCGAUGGAAUUUGCCCAUCCCCGGCCAGACGUCCAAUCGAAGGAUGGACCUUCGUCAGCGACCGUGCUUGGGUUGUGCAGCUCAUCAUCGAGGUCCAUGUUCUUCUCCCAGUGGGUGUUGACCGUCACUGUCUUUGUCCGUACCAGGUUGACUCGUGGAGGAGCUGGUGUGCCAUCCAUUUUCACGUGCUUCAGAGCAGGAUCGAACUGCAAACGGGCGCUGAGAUGCGGUGGAUUGGGGGAGAUGGACAGCGUUGCGCACAGAAUGUCUCCACCUGCGCGCGGCAUGCGGUCUGCUUGCAGCUCCUCUGUAGGUGCGCCUGAGAAAACAGAGGCGAUCGUUGGAACGACGCGGUCGCCUGCGGUCGUGGCCCGAGAGAAAGCCGAAGGAGGCGAUUGCUGGGGAAUGACGUCUUGCGCGUCGGCAUCGUUCCUCCGUUUCAGCAGUCUGCGGGGCGCCCUGGGACGGGGAUGGGACAUCAACGGUGCUCUCAAGGUUGAUGACGUAAACUUCUUGCAUCGUGGCUUCGCGUAGGUUGAGAUGGGUAUAUAUAUAGACCGCGCCACUCGGGGGAUAAGUAGUAGUGUUCAUUCAAAAGAUACUGUACCAGAUACC